GGCUUCGCCGCACGAUUGGCUUCAAAGUGGAUAGUGCCGAGAGAGAGAGAGAGAGAAGCUUAUAGAAAGUAAGGCUUGUUCCGUUCAAAGCCCGCCAGAGCCAAGCCGAGGUUGCAGCUUUUGAGAGGGGCUGACUGCUGGCUUGUAAAUCAGUUGUAGUCAGUACGCCCUCACUCUUCUCAAGAGUUUAAUGAGGGAGAGCGGAGCUUCCAGGUAUAGAGAGACAGAAACUAGUGCUGUGUGAGUGGAAGUAAAAGGAAGGGGGGGGGGGGUGAGGGAGUCAAUCCCAAUAAUAGACAAAAAGUGGUGGGAAGGAAAGAGAGAGAGUGAGACACCCAUCAAUCAAGACAGCCUGUAUCCUCUAAACUGCGGCAAUGGCUUCAGUGCUGGUGACCAACAGAGCUUCAGGAAGUCCGGGCAGCCAGCUGAAAUGCAAGUUCAAGAGGAGGAGAAGGAGAAGGUCGAAGAGGAAAGUUUGUUCUCCUCCUCCUGUUCUGAAGACAGUGACACAUGCCGGGGUAUGGUUCCAUUGCAGCACCAGGCCUCCAGUCCCUCACCGAACUGAGUUCAACUCUUCACAUGUGAGCCGAGACAAUAAAUUGAACACACUUUCUUCGUUCAUUGGUCCAUUCAAGUAUUUCAGCCCUGGUUUGGAAAAUACAGAGGAUGAGGACAAUCUGAGCACCAGUAGUGCAGAGGUAAAGGAGAACCGCAAUGUUGGGAAUUUAUCUCUGGAGGAUCACCCUCGAGCUGCUGGUGACCGCCAGGUCUUCCGCUGUUCCGAUGUGGCUGCAGGUGGAGCGCCUGGCCUGAAAAGGAAAAGACCCCUGGAGGAAGGGAAUAACGGGCACAUGCACCCGAAGGUGCAGCUGAAGUGUAAGAAACUCUCCUGGUCAGUGACACCAAAGAAUGCCUUAGUGCAGCUGAAUGAGCUAAAGCCAGGCUUACAGUACAAGAUGGUCUCCCAGACUGGACCUGUACAUGCGCCCAUUUUUGCCAUUGCCGUCGAGGUGAAUGGCUUGCUCUUCGAAGGCACGGGACCCACCAAAAAGAAAGCAAAGAUGCGGGCCGCCGAGAUGGCCCUGCAGUCUUUCGUGCAGUUCCCGAACGCCUCCCAGGCUCACUUCACCCUGGGGAACUGUGUCAACCCCAGCACGGAUUUCACAUCUGACCAGGCCGACUUCCCCAACACACUGUUUAAAGAGUUUGAGCCCUCGGCUCAGAGUGAUGGCCUGCCUUGCUGCAGCCCUGCUGAAAAUGAAUUGCUCUACAACGGCUGCAGACAUGGGCGAUUACUCUGCCACACGUUGGAUUUAAUGGUCCAAGCCAAACAAAACAAGCACAAGGUUCCGUUCCCAGCAGCGAGCAGGAAGAAUCCAGUCGAGAUGUUAAAUGAGCUGCGUCCGGGCCUGAGGUACGUGUGCAUCUCGGAGACUGUCGAGAAGCGUGUCAAGAGCUUUGUGAUGGCAGUAAGGGUGGAUGGGAGAAUGUUUGAAGGCUCGGGACGCAGCAAGAAGCUGGCCAAAGUCCAAACUGCACAGGCUGCUCUUCAGACUCUCUUUAACAUCCAGCCUGUACCCAGUGGGAAGCCUUGUCAAGUCCCUGGCAGGAAUAAAUGUCCUCAUUUACCACAGGAGUUUGCGGAUGCAAUAUUCCAGAUGGUCACAGGGAAAUUCAAAGAGCUGACAGACAAUUUGACCUCCUCACACGCACGUCAUAAGGUACUAGCAGGAAUUGUAAUGACAAGAGGUCUAAACGUGAAGGAGGCGCAAGUUGUUGCUCUGUCAACAGGGACAAAAUGUAUAAAUGGUGAAUAUAUUAGUAACCAGGGUCUAACGCUUAAUGAUUGCCACGCUGAAAUUGUGGCACGGAGAUCCUUUCUUCGUUUCCUUUACUCUCAACUGGAGCUACAUUUAAGUAAACAGCCUGAUGACUGGGAACAAUCAAUUUUUACUCGUCAGAAGGAGGGAGGCUACAAGCUGAAAGAUAGCAUCCUUUUCCAUCUGUACAUAAGCACACCCCCAUGCGGAGAUGCACGCCUCAACUCUCAUCGAGAAGAAAGGGCUGAAUUGCAGCACAGUAAACCAUUGAACAGGAAAGUCCGGGGGCAUCUAAGAACCAAGAUUGAAUCUGGAGAAGGCACCAUUCCAAUCCGAUCCUGCCACUCCAUCCAGACCUGGGACGGAGUAUUACAGGGAGAACAUCUACUCACAAUGUCCUGCACUGACAAGAUUAACAGGUGGAAUAUUCUGGGUGCUCAAGGAUCUCUCCUGAGCCAUUUCAUUGAACCAAUCUACCUGCAAAGCAUUGUGUUGGGAAGCACGCACCGUGUUGGUCAUCUUUCCCGUGCGUUGUGCCAGCGGCUGGAGGAUGUUGUUCACCUGCCACCACCUUAUCGAUACAACCAGCCCCUCCUCAGUGGCAUCAGUAGCACUGGAUUUCGUCAGCAGGGGAAGUCUCCAAGCUUCAGUGUAAACUGGACAUUGGGUGACUCUGACCUGGAGGUCAUUAAUGCCACAACUGGAAAGGGAGACUUGGGUCACUCGUCCAGACUCUGCAAACGUGCACUUUAUACCCAGUGGACCAAACUUUAUGGCAAGCUGAGUACACGAGGCUCAAACCUUCAGGGAGCGCCAUCCAUGUACUGCGAAGCCAAACUGGCAGCCGAGCCAUACCAGGUGGCCAAGCAGCAGCUGUUUAAGGCAUUGCGGAAAGCCGACCUGGGCACCUGGGUAAAGAAACCACCGGAGCAAGAUCAGUUUCUGCCAACUGCGGAGGGACAGCAGGCACAGGCACUGGCUUGUGAUUUUUAAUAUGGACUUCAACAAAAGAACGUGAAAAGCUAACCUCCAAAACUCCCCCGUUUCUUCAGAAGACAGUUUCACGCCGUCGCCUCACCGCAACCCUCUACUGCCCCCAUCACGACCAGUCUCAAAAACUGUUCACAGUAUUACGGAGCUCCAUUGCCCCAUCGACAAUGAAUUGCCUGACAGAAUCACACAAUCCUCCGUUUCUUACACUGCAGCUCAAAAUUAACAAAAUUCAACAACAUUGAAUCGGAAACGCAAACUGUUGGCCCAACAACUGACGUGACAAGCACUUCAGGGGGAGAGAUAAAAUCCUUCUUUCAUCAAGUUUUCUGAUAGGGUGCUUUCCUUCCAAAUGCUCAUUUGCUGAGCCCGUUAAAUAUAAUUUAAGAAUUAAUUUCUUAAUAAUCUGAAAUUUAUGCACAGUCUCCCAAUGCACAAAUCUUUUCCAAUUAAUGUCCAAACAUUGAUUGGUUUAAAGUGAUUAUUCAAUUUUGGUGAAAAGCAAACUUAAAUUGAGCUAUCACCGCAAAAAGCAGCCUUAGCUCCACCCGAAUCAGUCCAGUUUAUUGCUGAGAUAAAUAUCACCAUAUCACAAGUUAGACAUGAAUGAAUUAACGCCAAGCAAUGAGCUGUUCAGAGAAGCACAACAAUCUCUUUUUGAGUCAAGACAGCCAACUCUCUAGGAAAUGGGGGUAGAACCCGAGUGAAACCUAACUAAGGAUUCUGGCCUGUUUGAGAAUCAUACUUCCACAAUUAGGUUUUCAGUUUAAGGGUUGAUCAAACGUUUUAUAGAAAACAGGAGAAAAAAAACCCCAUGAAACCAGAGCUGAGAGAAUGAACUCACGGCUACACCAGAAAACAACCAGCAGCUAGAUGUUGUAAAGUGGGGGAUAGGGAGAAUUGCCCCAUUGACACACAUGACCCAUGAAACUUACAGAAUACUGAGAGGCCUGGAUAGAGUGGACCUGGAGAAAAUGUUUCCACCUGUAGGUAAGACUGGGACACAAAGACAUAACUUCAAAGUGAAGGGACGACCCUUUAGAACUGAGAUGGGUUCUUUCAGCCAGAGGGUGGUGAAUCUGUGGAACACAUUGCC